UUUUGAGUCAAUUUUGUGCGGUUCAAGAAGAUGGAUCAUCCUCUGAUUGUCAAUGUCAAAUAGAAGAAACAGCUGGAAGGUGGCGAAAUAUUUGUUUUUACGCUCAUUACCUAAACCAAUAGAUUAUUAACUAAAACAAAUACAAAAUUUUGUAAAAUUUUGCUAAGAAGAGGUUCAAAUAACCAAAAUGCCAAAGAAGUUUGCUGGUGAAAAUAGUAAAGCAGUCGCUGCUCGACAACGGAAAGAAAAUGCGAAACAAGAAAAGGACCAAAAAUUAAAAAAGAUGAUUGAGGAUGCUGAAUGGGAUGACAAUGACGACAAAUUGAAGAAAAAGCAGCAGAAAAAGGAAGAACAAGAGAAGAAACGCCUAGAACAGCUUCAAAAGAAAGCUGAGGCGAAAGCACUUUUGGAGAAAGAGAUGGAAUCUAUAAAAGGCAAAGCUAUUCCACCUCCACCAAAGAUAACACGGGCACAAAUCACUCAAAUGAAAGAGAAGACUAUAAAAGCUGAACCUGAGAAACCAUUGCCUGCAAAAGUUGUUGUGGAGGAGCCUCUGCUUGAAGAAAAUCUGAACAGGCUACAAAUUGAUGGGGAAUUGGCUCAAUCUGUGGAUGAAGCUAUUUCAAUAUUGAGUGAUAAGGUGGAUAUAGAUAAACACCCCGAAAAGAGAUUGAAAGCAGCCUAUACAGCAUUUGAAGAGAUUAAUCUACCCAGACUCAAGGCAGAGAAUCCUUCUCUAAGGCUAUCUCAGCUGAAGCAAAUGCUGAGGAAGGAAUGGUUGAAAUCCCCUCAAAAUCCACUCAAUCAAAAGGUUUAAAUGUUUUCAGAAUUCUCAAAUAUGGAAGCUAACAGACCUGAGUCAGAGUUGCUGAUGGAGAAAAAGAAGUUUAACUGUGUCUAUGGUUGAAAAUGUUUUUCUGUAGGUUAUGCAUGAUAUUUUUUUUUCCUCCAAAAAUUCAGUGUCAAUCAUAAAAGCACUAAUAAAAAAUAGAAAAGAUAUAAUUUAUUGUAAAACAUUUCUUUGUACAACAUUGUAAAUAAAAAUAAAUGUUUUUGAAAUCAC